GGACCUGCAAACACCAGUGGAGGGACAUUCUUUCUGUUCAGAUGUCUGGCUGACGUCUGAUGCUUAAAACGGAGCAUGCUUUCAUCCCUCCGCGCAUUGUCGCAAGCUCCCGGUGGUUACUCUUAAAAGGGUGCCUCAGCUACACAGGGAAACAGUUGCUGACCAAACAGGACAGGGUGUGCUCAAUCCAGCCCUUGUGAAUGCCUGAUCCUUCCAGUUCCAUACCAGCCUGACCCAUCGGGACCAUGUCUACCUUUGGCUACAGAAGAGAGCUUAGCAAAUAUGAGGACAUUGAUGAGGAUGAGCUCCUCGCUUCUCUCACAGAAGAGGAGCUGAAGGAGCUGGAGCGGGAACUGGAGGACAUUGAGCCCGACCGCAACCUCCCUGUAGGACAACGGCAAAAGAGUCUGACAGAGAAAACACCCACCGGGACUUUCAGCAGGGAAGCGCUGAUGGCCUACUGGGAGCGGGAGACCAAAAAGCUCUUGGAGAAAGAGAGGCUGGGCGCGUGUGAGAAGGAUUCCGAGCAAGAAGAAGACAAUUCAGAAGACAUUCAAGAAGAGUGUUUCACAGAAAGCAAUAGUGAAGUAUCUGAGGAGGCAUAUACUGAAGAGGAUGAUGAAGAGGAAGAAGAGGAGGAGGAAGAGGAAGAUGAAGAUGACAGUGAUGAAGAUGACGAGGAAACACAAAAUUCUGCAGCUAGUGAAAGACCAGUGAAUUGUGAGGGUGGCAGGAGUUCUGGCCACGCUAGACACAAGAAGUGUAGCAGUGCAAAGAACAGUGAAAACUUGUUCAAUGGCCAUGAUGGGAAAGACACUGAAAAUCUGAGCUUUAAAAGCAGUGCCAUCCACCCAUGUGGAAAUCCAACAGUUAUCGAGGACGCUCUGGAAAAAGUUCGGAGCAAUGACCCUGAGACCACAGAGGUUAAUCUAAAUAACAUUGAAAAUAUUACUUCGCAGAUGCUUAUACAAUUUUCUCAAGCCCUGAGGGACAAUACUGUAGUUAAGUCAUUCAGCUUGGCUAACACACAUGCUGAUGACAACGUCGCAAUAGCCAUUGCUGGUAUGUUAAAAGUAAAUCAGCAUAUCACUAGUCUGAAUAUUGAGUCAAAUUUUAUCACAGGCAAAGGAGUAUUGGCCAUCAUGAGAGCUUUGCAGCAUAACAAGGUUCUAACAGAGUUACGGUUCCACAACCAAAGGCAUAUCAUGGGCAGCCAGGUGGAAAUGGACAUAGUUAAACUGUUAAAAGAGAACACUACUCUGGUCAAGCUGGGGUACCACUUUGACCUUGCUGGCCCAAGAAUGAGCAUGACAAGCAUCUUGACAAGAAAUAUGGAUAAACAAAGGCAAAAGCGCAUGCAGGAGCAACGACAACAAGAGUAUGGUUGUGAUGGAGCUAUCAACCCAAAGACCAAAACCUUGCAAAAAGGCACUCCUCGUUCCUCACCCUACACGUCACCUAAGAGCUCACCUUGGUCCUCUCCAAAGCUCCCUAGGAAAUCAGCACCAGCAAAAAGUCAACCUCCAGCACCCGCAACCCCUCCUCCCCCUCCGCCUCCACCUCCACCUCCACCCCCUCCUCCUCCUCCUCCUGUCAUCCCAGACAAGAAAGCACCAACCAGGAACAUAGCUGAGGUUAUCAAACAGCAAGAAAGUUCAAAAAGAGCCUUACAGAAUGGACAGAAAAAGAAAAAAGGCAAAAAAAGCAAAAAGCAUGAGAACAGUAUACUGAAAGAAAUUAAAGAUUCUCUGAAAUCCAUCCCAGACAGAAGAUCAGAAGAAGGUUCACGGCCCUCCACCCGACCCUCCACCCCACAAAGGUCCCUCCAUGACAACCUCAUGGAAGCAAUUCGAGCAAGCAGCAUAAAACAACUACGGCGGGUGAUGGAGCACCAUAUGACAAGCACACAGCACAGCUCUGAGAGAUACGGUGUCGCCUCCCAGUUUAGCACUAGCCAGGAGUGGAGAGAUGCCAAGUUGUGCUCCUGCUGAGUUUCAGCUCACUUGGUGCAAACACCCUGUAGUUGUGCAUCCCCUGGGGCCUGGGACCUGAGGCCUGCUGCUGAGCUUACAUCAUUCUUUACACCCUUCCCUUCAGUCACAGGAAGAAAAACAACCUCCUUUGAAGGCUCGACUGCCUUUUGUUUGGCCUAUUUGGUAAGUGUAUCAGCUCCUACACGUUCCUAUGCUUUCAUCGAGGCUGAGUGCCUCAAUGAAGAGGCCCUGGGAUGCAGGAAGUUCCUCGAAUGAAUCUGAAGUAUUGCCUGUCCACUCCCUGUCAAAGACGAGACAGAGAAAUCAUACACACAAAAAUCUCUCCAAAUGAACUGGUCAGCAAUGGAAGAGCUACAAAUGACAACCAAGUCCUUGCUGUCACCAAAGAGGUGAAGAGGAAGGCAAAUACAGCAGAUUAGAGUGUCUUUAGGAACAGCCCACAUGCUCUUCAAAAUUGAUUUGUCUCAUUGUGAAAGGCCGAAAUGGCCACCCCCAUGAAAAGCAGAAAUAAUUAGCUUUCUGAUGAAGAAAUAAAGCAAAACCUGCCUCCCCUGUUUACACUGAGCUGAAUCUCUCCUGUGAGUGUCGCCCAAAUACAGGCUGGUGAGGGAGGGCGGGCCCUACAGACCAUUGAGGCUACACUCUGUGGUUGAGGCUGGCCCUGAGUCCUCCUGCUGCCCAGCUGCUCUGCACCAUGUGACACAGAGAAGCCUCACCUGGCUGCUGACAUAGCAAUGCAUCAGAAAAAAAUCAGAGAUUAAUUUUUACCUGUAAAUGCAGACUUUUUAGUUAGUGCUUUAUCACCUGGGGAAGUGCCCGAGCCUAUAGAAGGAAAAGAAACCUGAAAAAGUCCAAGAGAUUCUGUUUCUAUGUCUUCUGAAAUUAUAUGCCCUCCUGCUGAGUCCCUUGUUAAAAGUUUUAUAGAGCGACCUGUGUUCCCCUGCAGCUGGGGACUCAGUAGGGGUAGAUGUGCUGGUCCAGCAACACACUCUGAUCACCCCUUUGGCCCCAUGGAGGUUGCUCCUUCCCACUGAGCAGGGCAGAUGGGAAGUAGAGCUCCAUCUGGGUAACGCCACCUACAUUGCUGGAGCCUGAGUCUGUGCUACGUGCAGAUGGGAAGCCAGAGGAGCUUAUGAACACAAUUCUAGCAAGAUUUUAUGAAGGACGGAUGACCCGGGAGGUCCCUGGAUGGUCUGGGAGGAUGCAGGGCGAAGGGGAGCAGGAGGUUAUUGCCGAGGACCCUCCUUCACCUGCACACCAUCCACCUCAGCAUAGAAGAGAAGCUGUGAGUAUUCAAAACUCCCACCCCCCAACUCAUAUGGUUUCCUCAGAAGUUCAUCAGAUAGAUGAAAGUAAUGAUUAAUGUAGACCACCUCCCUAGUCAAAAGAGAAAUGACUCCUAACUACCUUAAAGUACCUGCAGUUGGUGGAUGUAAUGGGAGAAGUAGAUCCAAGAACUAUUCCUGGGUGUAAGCCUAAGUGAAACAUCAUCUGGGAGAGUGUGUACAAUUCUGGUAACUAACAGUCAUGACAAAUUGUUUUGAAUUGGAAGCGAGACAGAAAAUGGCUGGGAUAAUUGGGAAGCUGAAGAAGCUGUCCAAUGAGAAGAAAUAGGAACAGGUGGUGGGAUCAGUCUAGCCAAACAAAGGCUCAAAAGGAUUUCAGCUCAUGUCUAUAAAUACUGCAAAGGGGAAAGAGCUAUUCAGCCACAGGACGCUGUUAGCAGUAGAAAAACAAUAGGUAUAAACUGUGUGUGGCUACAUUUGGAUUAGAAAUCAGAAGAAAUUUCUCAACGGAACAUGAGAGUUGUUAAAAGAACUUUCUCAUUAAGAAAAGAAUGGGCAAAUUUGAUGUUAAGAUAAUGCAGGAAGCUCAUAAAAAGGGCGGUAUGGUACGGUACUUUCAGUAGCAGAAGUUUGAAGCUGGUGACAACAGAAGGUCCUGCCAUUGUUAUUUUAACGCAAGUAAAUGUGAUAACUCCACAAGAUCUGCAAAUUGUGAUAGUAUGAAAAGUUGUAAAAAGCUCCUACAAUUUGCAGUAAGACUUCUUAUCUUCAAAUCUGCAAGUCAGCUGCAACUUUAUAAAAAGCUUAUGACAUGGAAGCCCAAGUCUUUCACUAGAUGCUGGCCUAAUACCAUCUACACUUGAUACCGACAGGAACCGAGUACAAGAGAGAACAAAAUGUAGUUCACAUAUUGUUAAGUCCAGCUAUUUUUUUCUGAUGGGCCUCUGUUUUCAAAACCCCGCAGUUAAGACAAAAUUUAUUUUUAGGUGCAUUCUUCUGAUGUUACGAGUUGAACAACCAGCGCAAUGUCUUCAUUCUGAACUUCCAGUUCUUGACUAGGCCCUUGACUCUGGUGGCUUACACAUGAGCAGGAAACCUGCAACCAAGAGACCGUGACAGGGAGGAUGAAACCUUGCACUGAAAUUCAGAGGUGAAGCAGUGAACAGAAGCUAAUGCACAGCAAACCCCACAGGUAGAGGUCUUACUUUAUCGUGAUGGGGGUGGCAAACACCAACCAGCGGCUGUGUGUAACGACUCAGUGUGAAAAGGAUGGAUGGUCCAGAAGAAAAAUAGAAAUAUAGAAUUCUUUCUUUAUUGAAACCAUG